CCAUUUACUUCUAAAGUAAAACAGAUGCGCCUACAUAGAGAAGACUUUGAGAUAUUGAAGGUGAUAGGUCGAGGAGCUUUUGGAGAGGUUGCUGUAGUGAAACUAAAAAAUGCAGAUAAGGUAUUUGCCAUGAAAAUAUUGAACAAAUGGGAAAUGCUGAAAAGAGCUGAGACAGCAUGUUUUCGUGAAGAAAGGGAUGUAUUAGUGAAUGGAGAUAAUAAAUGGAUUACAACUCUGCAUUAUGCUUUCCAGGAUGACAAUAACUUAUACCUGGUCAUGGAUUAUUAUGUUGGUGGAGAUUUGCUUACUCUGCUCAGCAAAUUUGAAGAUAGAUUGCCUGAAGAUAUGGCUCGAUUUUACUUGGCUGAGAUGGUAAUAGCAAUCGAUUCCGUUCAUCAGCUGCACUAUGUGCACAGGGACAUCAAACCUGAUAAUAUAUUGAUGGAUAUGAAUGGACAUAUUCGAUUAGCAGAUUUUGGUUCUUGUCUGAAGCUGAUGGAAGAUGGAACGGUCCAGUCCUCAGUGGCUGUUGGAACUCCAGAUUAUAUCUCUCCUGAAAUCCUUCAAGCCAUGGAAGAUGGGAAAGGGAGAUAUGGGCCUGAAUGUGACUGGUGGUCUCUGGGGGUCUGUAUGUAUGAAAUGCUUUAUGGAGAAACACCAUUUUAUGCAGAAUCUCUGGUGGAGACAUAUGGAAAAAUCAUGAAUCAUAAAGAGAGGUUUCAGUUUCCAGCUCAAGUGACCGAUGUGUCUGAAAAUGCUAAGGAUCUUAUUCGAAGGCUCAUUUGCAGCAGAGAACACCGACUUGGUCAAAAUGGGAUAGAAGACUUUAAGAAACACCCAUUUUUCAAUGGAAUUGAUUGGGAUAAUAUUCGAAACUGUGAAGCACCUUAUAUUCCAGAAGUUAGUAGCCCAACAGAUACAUCAAAUUUUGAUGUGGAUGAUGAUUGUUUAAAGAAUUCUGAAACGAUGCCCCCACCCACACAUACUGCAUUUUCUGGGCACCAUCUGCCAUUUGUUGGUUUCACAUAUACUAGUAGCUGUGUUCUUUCUGAUCGGAGCUGUUUACGUGUCACAGCCGGUCCUGCGUCCCUGGACCUUGAUGUCAGUGUCCAGAGGACUCUCGACAACAACCUGGCAACCGAGGCGUACGAGAGGAGAAUCAAGCGCCUCGAACAGGAAAAACUUGAGCUGAGUAGAAAGCUUCAAGAGUCAACACAGACUGUUCAAGCUCUACAGUAUUCAACUGCUGAUGGUCCAUUAACAGCAAGCAAAGAUUUAGAAAUAAAAACCUUAAAAGAAGAAAUUGAAAAACUAAGGAAACAAGUAAGAGAAUCAAGUCACUUAGAGCAACAACUUGAGGAAGCCAACUCUGUGAGGAGAGAGCUAGAUGAUACUUUUCGACAAGUCAAGGCUUAUGAAAAACAAAUCAAAACACUACAACAAGAAAGGGAAGAAUUAAACAAGGAACUAGUCCAGGCUAGUGAGCGAUUAAAAAACCAGUCCAAAGAGCUGAAAGACGCACACUGUCAGAGGAAACUGGCCAUGCAGGAAUUCAUGGAGAUCAAUGAGCGGCUAACAGAAUUGCACACCCAAAAACAGAAACUUGCUCGCCAUGUCCGAGAUAAGGAAGAAGAGGUGGACCUGGUGAUGCAAAAAGUUGAAAGCUUAAGGCAAGAACUGCGCAGAACAGAGAGAGCCAAAAAAGAGCUGGAAGUUCAUACAGAAGCUGUGGCUGCUGAAGCAUCUAAAGACAGGAAACUGCGUGAACAGAGCGAGCACUAUUCUAAGCAACUGGAAAAUGAAUUGGAGGGACUAAAGCAAAAACAAAUUAGUUACUCGCCAGGACUGUGCAGCAUAGAACAUCAGCAAGAGAUAACCAAACUAAAGACUGAUUUAGAAAAGAAAAGUAUCUUUUAUGAAGAAGAAUUGUCUAAAAGAGAAGGAAUACAUGCAAAUGAAAUUAAAAAUCUGAAGAAAGAACUUCAUGAUUCAGAAGGCCAGCAACUUGCUCUCAACAAGGAAAUUAUGAUUUUGAAAGACAAAUUGGAAAAAAACAGGAGAGAGAGUCAAAGUGAAAGGGAAGAAUUUGAAAAUGAGUUCAAACAACAGUAUGAACGAGAAAAAGUAUUAUUAACUGAAGAAAAUAAAAAACUGACAAGUGAACUUGAUAAGCUCACCGCUUUGUAUGAGAACUUAAGUAUGCGCAACCAGCAGUUAGAAGAAGAGGUAAAAGACCUAGCAGACAAGAAAGAAUCAGUUGCACAUUGGGAAGCCCAAAUCACAGAAAUAAUUCAAUGGGUCAGUGAUGAAAAGGAUGCACGAGGGUAUCUCCAGGCCUUAGCUUCUAAAAUGACAGAAGAGUUGGAAGCUUUGAGAAAUUCCAGCUUGGGUGCACGAGCAACAGAUAUGCCCUGGAAAAUGCGUCGUUUUGCAAAACUGGAUAUGUCAGCUAGGCUGGAGUUGCAGUCAGCCCUGGAUGCAGAAAUAAGAGCUAAGCAGGCCAUCCAAGAAGAGCUGAAUAAAGUUAAAGCAGCUAACAUCAUCACAGAAUGUAAACUAAAAGAUUCAGAGAAGAAGAACUUGGAGCUACUCUCAGAAAUCGAACAACUGAUAAAGGACACUGAAGAGCUUAGAUCUGAAAAGGGUAUAGAGCACCAAGACUCACAGCAUUCUUUCUUGGCAUUUUUGAAUACGCCUACCGAUGCUCUGGAUCAAUUUGAAGAUUCCUUUUCUUCUUCCUCAUCUUCACUGAUUGAUUUUUUGGAUGACCGCUCUCCGUCCUGUACUCCAGCUAGCAAAGGCAGACGUAUUGUAGACAGUACUCCUCCUCCAGUUCACACACCAACCUUAAGGAAAAAGGGAUGUCCUGGUUCAACUGGCUUUCCGGCUAAGCGCAAGACCCAUCAGUUUUUUGUCAAAUCUUUCACUACCCCUACCAGAUGUCACCAGUGCACCUCUCUGAUGGUGGGUUUGAUAAGACAGGGCUGUUCCUGUGAAGUGUGUGGAUUUUCAUGCCAUAUAACUUGUGUAAACAAAGCUCCAACUGCUUGUCCAGUCCCGCCUGAGCAGACAAAAGGGCCUCUGGGGAUAGACCCGCAGAAGGGAAUAGGAACAGCAUAUGAAGGUCAUGUCAGGAUCCCAAAGCCAGCUGGAGUGAAGAAAGGAUGGCAAAGAGCAUUGGCUGUGGUUUGUGACUUUAAACUCUUCCUAUACGAUGUUGCGGAAGGAAAAGCGUCUCAGCCCAGUGUCGUGGUCAGUCAGGUGAUUGACAUGAGGGAUGAAGAAUUUUCUGUGAGUUCAGUCUUGGCUUCUGAUGUUAUUCAUGCAAGUCGAAAAGAUAUACCCUGCAUAUUCAGAGUCACGGCUUCCCAGCUCUCGGCGUCUGACAGCAGGUGUUCGGUCCUGAUGCUCGCGGAGAGCGAGAGCGAGAGGAACAAGUGGGUGGGCAUGCUCAGUGAGCUGCACAAGAUUUUGAAGAAAAGCAAAUUCAGAGACCGCUCAGUCUAUGUUCCCAAGGAGGCUUAUGACAGCACUCUGCCCCUCAUUAAAACAACCCAGGCAGCUGCAAUCAUAGAUCACGAAAGGAUAGCGCUGGGCAAUGAAGAAGGGUUGUUUGUUGUUCACGUCACCAAAGAUGAAAUUAUUAGAGUUGGUGACAAUAAGAAGAUACAUCAGAUUGAACUCAUUCCAAAUGAUCAGCUUGUUGCUGUGAUCUCAGGACGAAAUCGUCAUGUGCGACUUUUUCCCAUGUCAGCUUUGGACGGACGAGAGACUGAUUUUUAUAAGCUGGCAGAAACUAAAGGGUGUCAGUCCAUAAUUUCUGGCAAAGUGUGCCAUGGAGCUCUCACAUGCCUGUGUGUGGCUAUGAAAAGGCAGGUCCUCUGUUAUGAACUAUUUCAGAGCAAGACCCGUCACAGAAAAUUUAAGGAAAUUCAAGUGCCAUAUAAUGUGCAAUGGAUGGCGAUCUUCAGUGAACAACUCUGCGUGGGAUUCCAGUCGGGAUUCCUCAGAUACCCCUUGAAUGGGGAAGGAAGUCCGUACAGCAUGCUCCAUUCAAAUGACCACACACUAUCGUUUAUUGCACAUCAGCCGAUGGAUGCCAUCUGUGCAGUUGAGAUCUCCAGUAAAGAGUAUCUGCUGUGUUUUAACAGCAUCGGGGUAUACACCGACUGCCAGGGCCGGAGAUCGAGACAGCAGGAACUGAUGUGGCCAGCAAAUCCUUCCUUUUGUUGUUACAAUGCACCAUAUCUCUCGGUGUACAGUGAAAACGCGGUUGAUAUCUUCGACGUGAACUCUAUGGAAUGGAUUCAGACUCUCCCACUCAAAAAGGUUCGACCCUUAAACAAUGAAGGAUCAUUAAACCUUUUAGGGUUGGAGACAAUUAGAUUAAUAUAUUUCAAAAAUAAGAUGGCAGAAGGGGAUGAACUGGUGGUUCCUGAAACAUCGGACAAUAGUCGGAAGCAGAUGGUUAGAAACAUCAACAACAAACGGCGCUUCUCCUUCAGGGUCCCAGAAGAGGAGAGGAUGCAGCAGAGGAGAGAGAUGCUACGAGAUCCAGAAAUGAGAAAUAAAUUAAUUUCUAACCCAACUAAUUUCAACCACAUAGCACACAUGGGCCCAGGAGAUGGGAUACAGAUACUAAAAGACCUGCCAAUGGUAAGAGAAAUGAAGGGAGAAUGGGAACGGGGUUACGAGUAG